UGAGGGCCCUAAGCAGUAAUAACAUUGAGGGAGGCGACCCCCCCAUCCUACUCGGGAGGUGCAGUAUGGACGGGGAUAUGAAGAGGAAACGUGGACACAGCUGCGGAGAUCGUGAGCGGUGUUGCACGUUGAUGUUAAUCGCCCGGCUAUGUUGAUUAUGAUUUGAAUCGGAGUUGACAUUCGACGCACCCAAAUGCUGUGUGUGGGUGGGUGGAGGUUUCUUGCUGCUCGCAAUCCCCUUGAGUUGCUUGGGGCCCCUUUUGCUUGCUCGGUGCUGCUCGCGCUGCGCGGGUGCGCGCUGUUUGACUCGCGAGCUGAUUAGGACGACUUCGGUGGCGUGGAGAGGAGAGGCCUCCAGACCAAACAGCUGUUGUUGCCGGACAGCAGCAGCAGCAGCAGGCCGGUCUCUCCACUUGCUGCUGGAUCCCCAUCCUGGGGACAACAAAAGACGCAAAUUGUCCGCUGGAAGGACACGUGGUUUGCGUCUUCUGAACUGGUAGAGGCGACCUUCCGGCCAGACCCUGUUGGACUCCUCCUGGACCAGCCAGAGGGAGAGGCAGGGAGGAGGAGUGAAGGACGGUCGGCAUUACGAUGGGCGACAGCUCGGGCGAGUACGACUACCUCAUCAAGAUGCUGUCGUUGGGCGACUCGGGCGUUGGCAAGACCAGCGUCCUGGGCUGCUACGUCGAUGGCAAAUUUUCCACAAAGUUCAUCUCGACCGUGGGAAUCGAUUUCCGCGAGAAGCGCGUGAUCUUUAAUCCCGGCGGGAAGGAGGGCCCGGCCGGGGAUGGCCUGAAGAUUCACCUGCAACUGUGGGACACCGCUGGGCAGGAGAGAUUCCGGAGUUUGACCAACGCGUUCUUCCGCGACGCCAUGGGGUUCUUUGUGUUCUUUGACAUCACGGACGAGCAGAGCUUUGUGAACGUGCGUCACUGGAUGGCUGCAGCACCACGCGUACUGCCCCAGCCCGGACGUGGUGCUGUGCGGAAACAAGGCCGACCUGACGGAGCAGCGUGCCGUCGGCGAGGACGACGCGCUGUCGCUCGCGAGCGAGUACGGAAACUUGACCCACUGCUGCACCGAGAUACGGAGUCAAACCGGCGACCUCAGUGCGCUGACCAUCGCACCACGGCAGCGCUCUGGAUGCCGUACGUGGAGACGAGCGCGGCGACGGGGGAGAACGUGGCACGCGCCGUCGAGCUGCUGCUGGAGCGCGUGAUGCGUCGCGUGCAGCUCGGCCACGAGCACGCCUGGAUCCCCGACUGGGCCGUGGGGGCGGCUCCCCCGAAACCCCGGAGGUCGCUCUCGCACGACGGAGGCGAGGGGGCGGGCAGCAGCUCGUGCGGAUGCUGACAAGGGGGGUGCGGGGGAACUCACCGCGUGGUGGCCGACGAACCCCCCCCUGGCGCAUCUCCCGAGACGCGCCAGGGGGGGGGGGGGGUCGUUCGCUCCCCGUAGCCCCGUGGAGGAAUCAUCGGGGGGGGGGGUGCCCCUCUAAUCGUGCUCGUGUCAACAGAAAGGGGAUACUUUAUUAGCUGCUCAAUCGAGGGGGGUCAGCUGCUCCGUGCCCACGUGAUCGCUCCCACGUGCUUUUGAGUGAUAAGAACAGGCGGCACGUUAUGCGUCUUGACCCCCCCCCCACCACCCCCAAUUCUCAGAAUCCUCAAUCUUUAUUUAUUGCUGGAGGAAUUCAAUGAGAUAUCUUUUUUCACAGAUGUCCAGUAAGAGAGGGGACGUGGUGGUCAGAAAGUUACAACGAACAAUUACAAAAGCACGCCCGGAGUGCAAAUUAUAGCUGAAACCAAUUUUAUUUUUCGAUUUAAAGCUUUCAUAUUCUAGGUUCUUUCGGUUAAGUCAGGUAGAAGGGAAAUAAUAAAAUAAAAAUCGAACGUAAUAAAAAUUCACGACCUUUCAAUCGCAACGCAAGCAAUCUUCAUCAGGUGUGAAAACUACAGCAAUAAUUUUUUAGCCGAAGUAAUUUAUUGGUUUAUUUUUAUUAUUUCAUUAUUUCCCUUCCACGUGACUUUACCAAAAGAACCAAGAAUAUAAAAAAAAUGUGUAACCUCAUUCGCAUCAAUUUUUCAUUCAAGCCCCAUUACCCCGGACGAGGGACUUUUGAUUGUCAGCUGUUGCCUCUAUCGGUACUCUUUGCGUUAUGGGACUGUUUGCGUUCUACGUAUCCGCAAAUGUUUUAAAAAUCCUGGCAGACGUUGGGGACGUUACCCAAUUAAUCAAACGUGUAUUUUGUUUUUACGCCAUUGUGCGUGUAGCUCAAACACUGUCCAACCUCCCCCCCCCCCCCCACCCCGUCUCUCUCAUGGGGAAGCUUGGGCAGUCACUCAGGCGUGUGUACAACGACGAGAGACGAUGACGUCAGCCCCCACCCUCAUUCUCUUUGGGGGGAGGGGGGGGGAUGCUGGGAUAUGAAUGUGAAUUUCGCACCACACAUUAUUGGUUUGCACCGCCCCCCAUUCUAAAGAGAGCAGGGGAAUACCGGAUGAAAAAAAUCGCGAAAAAAAAUCGGCGAGCAGCCUUGGAAGCAUGACUCUCACCACGUGAUUGUUCAUCUCGGCAGCCACCCAGGGCUCGAACCCAGAUCCUUUGCAUCGUGCCCAGACGCCGGGAGAGGCGUUCAUCCGCGUGCUUGCAGCUGCCAGCGAGCUUAAGGUUCCGUGCCGUUCCAUCAAAUCGAGUUCGUUUAUGAAGUCAAUUUUUUUAGGGCCGCUGGCCACGAUUAGGCAAAAAAAACUUGAGCCGACUUUUUUUACUCCAGGCAAGUGGAGCACAAGGGCUGAGUAAUAAGUACAUUCGUAUUUCACGCCGUUAUUAUUAUCACAGCACAAGUCGAACACGCGCGCUCAGCGUAUCGCAGGAUGGUAUCGCCUGCAGCAGUUUCACAGUAGGGGGAGGGGGUGGGAGUAGCUCUAAGAUUCCCAGUUGGCUGUCUUUUUAGAAUAAAAUCGGGGUGUUUUUUGACAAAUGUUUACUGCAAAGUGAAUGGCGUACAGUAUUUUUUGUAUAUGUACCGCAACUUCUUUUACACCAUACACAGCCAACCACGCUCAUCUGGAGGUGUGGGGAUAAUAAAAACACAAUAAGCAGUUUUAAA